AGCUCUUCCGGGCAGCCGCCUUCAGACUCGGCUUUGCUGAGGCGCUGGCGGCAGCGGUUUCCUGUGCUGCGAUGAAGUUGCUGCUGCAGGGAGAUGAUGAACUGAGAGCUUUGGCGAGCUGGAGAACCCCAACAUGAGGGCAGUGACCUAUGAUGAUGUGCAUAUCAACUUUACUCUGGAAGAGUGGAAUUUGCUGGAUCCUUCCCAGAAGAAUCUCUACAAAGAUGUGAUGCUGGAGACCUACAGGAACCUCACUACUAUAGGAUGCAUUUGGGAAGACCAUAAUAGUGAAGAACAUUGUCAUUGUUCUAGAAGACAUGAAAGGAUUGAAAGAAUUCAAACUGGAGAGAAGCUUUUAGUACAUAUUCAAUGUGGUAAACCCUUGACAUAUGACAAUCAACUAAAAUGGAAUAAAAGAACACAGACUGGAGAGAAACCCUAUGAAUGUAAUCAGUGUGGUAAGGUCUUUUCAGGUCACAGUAAUCUACAAAAGCAUAAAAGAACACAUUCUAGAGAGAAACCCUAUGGAUGCUAUCAGUGUGGUAAGCCCUUUGAUUGUCACAGUGAUCUUCAAAGGCAUGAAAGAACACACACUGGAGAGAAACCCUAUGAAUGUAAUGAGUGUGGGAAGGCCUUUGCACAGCAAAGUGGUCUUCAAAAGCAUAUAAGAACACAUACUGGAGAGAAACCCUAUGAAUGUAAUGAGUGUGGGAAGGCCUUUGCAGCUCACAGUAAUCUUCAAAGUCAUAAAAGAACACAUACUGGAGAGAAACCCUAUAAAUGUAAUGAGUGUGGAAAGGCCUUUGCAGUGCACCGUACUCUUCAAUUGCAUCAAAGAACACAUACUGGAGAGAAACCCUAUGAAUGUAAUCAGUGUGGGAAGGCCUUUGCUCAACACAGUGGUCUUCAAAGUCAUAAAAGAACACAUACUGGAGAGAAGCCCUAUGAAUGUAAUCUGUGUGGGAAGGCCUUUGCAGAGCUGAGUGGUCUUCAAAAUCAUAAAAGAACACAUACUGGAGAGAAGCCCUAUAAAUGUAAUGAGUGUGGGAAGGCCUUUGCAGUGCACCGUACUCUUCAGUUGCAUCAAAGAAGACAUACUGGAGAGAAACCCUAUGAAUGUAAUCAGUGUGGGAAAGCCUUUGCACAGCACAGUGGUCUUCAAAGUCAUAAAAAAACUCAUAUUGGAGAGAAACCUUAUGAAUAUAAUCAAUGUGGUAAGGCCUUUGCAGAGUACUUUUCAAUUGCAUAAAAGAACGCACUGGAGAGAAACCCUAUGAAUGUAAUCAGUGUGGUAAGGUCUUUGCAGCUCAGAGUAAUCUUAAGAGACAUAAAAGAUCUCACUCUAGGUAGAAACUCUACGAAUGUAAUCCGUGUGAUAAGACCUUUCCUGGCUAUUGUAUUCACCAAGUGCAUAAAACAUACUGGAGAGAAACCCUAUGAUCAUAAUCAGUGUGGUAAGGCCUUUGCACAACACAGUCAUCUUCAGUGUCAUUAAAGAACAAAUACUGGAGCAAAACAGUUUGAAUAAAAUCAGUGUGGUAAAGCC